AUAAAUAAAUAAAUAUAUACAAAGAAGCUACUAUAUAUUUGUAUAAAAGGGUUACCACCAUUCUCUUCCGUAUAUUAUUCUCUACUGGUUUUUUUGUAAGAGAGAGAGAGAGAGAAGAGAUGGAGAUGGGAAAUAUGAAGGGAUUGUUGGUAUUAAUGGUUUUGAUUGGUGUGAAUAUGGGAAGGGGAGAGGCCCAGUUGGUAGAAAACUUCUAUAGUGGCACUUGUCCUAAUGUUGAAUCCAUAGUUCAGCAGGUUGUGUCUACUAAGUUUGCUCAGACCUUUGUCACUGUUCCGGCUACUCUUCGUUUGUUUUUCCAUGAUUGUUUCGUUGAGGGUUGCGAUGCCUCAGUACUGAUUGCAUCACCAAAUGGGGACGCAGAGAAAGACGCCGACGACAACAUCUCCUUAGCCGGAGAUGGCUUUGACACUGUCAUCAAGGCCAAGCAAGCGGUCGAAGCUCAAUGCCCUGGCAUUGUCUCCUGUGCUGACAUUUUGGCUCUUGCUGCCAGAGAUGUCGUUGUUUUGGCGGGAGGCUCAGCAUUCAACGUGGAGAUGGGGCGUCGUGAUGGACUGAUAUCACAAGCAUCACGAGUCAAAGGAAACCUGCCAGAACCAACAGCUCAUCUAGACGAACUCAACUCCAUGUUUAGCAGAAACAACCUGACUCAAUUGGACAUGAUAGCACUCUCUGGUGCUCACACAGUUGGGUUCUCACACUGCAACCGUGUGGCCAACCGCAUCUACUCAUUCACACCUUCGAACCCAGUUGACCCUACUUUGGACUCUGCAUACGCCCAGCAGUUGAUGGCUUCUUGCCCUCGAGACGUUGAUCCCUCCAUAGCCAUCGACAUGGACCCCACAACUCCUAAGACCUUCGACAAUGUGUACUACCAGAACUUGGUUGCCAAUAAGGGGCUUUUUACUUCGGAUCAGGAUCUUUUCACAGACUCUCAAUCCCAGCCCACGGUUCUUGAUUUCGCCAACAACCCUGGCGCGUUUAAUGCAGCCUUUGGCAACGCCAUGAGAAAGCUCGGUCGAGUUGGUGUCAAGACUGGUAGUGCUGGUGAGAUCAGGAGAGACUGCACUGCCUUCAAUUCAUAAAUAUCAAAUAAUUCAGUAACAGUUUUAACAAACCAUUUUAAAAAGAUUAAUAAAAUAUAAUAAUGGAUGCAAGCAAGAACACCUGCAAAUAUGAUUGUUUUUUUCUUUCUUUUUCCAAUUCAAUGUAAAUGUAUACUUUCCAUGUGAAAAUAGUUUACAAAUACAGGUGUCAGAUUCUGUUUACAUUAAACUAUGAAUAACAAUAAACAGCGUUUUGUUUGCC